UAUGGCCGACAUUGCGAGCGUGUUUUAAUUGACAACUAAAAUUGACAAAGUGUAGUGAAGUCAAUAUGCCAAGUUGUUUCAUAAAGAACUGUAAAAGUCACACAAAUUAUGUGUUUAAUAAGUGCGUGAAAUACUUUUCAUUCCCUCAAGAUCCGGAGUUACGAUUGAAGUGGUUGGAGGCUUGUCGCAGAGAUGGCAAUUUUAAGGUUACGCAUGAACGAGUAUGUGAGAUACACUUUUCUUCCGAUUGUAUAGAAUAUCGAACGUCCAAACCUCGUUCUGCACAUAUUUCACCGAAAAUCGUACGCACAUUGAAGAAAGGAUCGGUACCGACAGAAUUGCUCGAUUUGCCAAAUAAAAAACGAAAGCUGUUGCAUUCAUUUGAGUCAACUUGUAAUGUUGAUGCAGGACCUUCACAAAAAUCUGUUUGCCAAUGCACUAUACAAUACUGGAAUACCAACAUACGCAGAACUGAUUGA